GUAACAACAUAUAAGCGGCGGCAGCUGCAGCAGCAGCGAUCCCAAACGUCAAGAUCCAGGCGCGUGUGUGUGUGUAUGUGUGGCAGAGGUGACGACUCAUGUUUUUGCGCAGGAACCCGGAAGCCCAUUGGCAGGCUGGUUUCCUCCACCGGCUGCGCGAGGCUGCCUGACACGCUUCCCUCCGGCUUAUAAGGCUCGCGCACCCGACUCCAGCCCGACUCGUCGCGGCGGCGGUUGGGACCAGAGCUCGCACAGGUGAGGUUUACAACCUGCAGGCUUGCAGAUGGGUCAAGGGCUGUGGAGAGUGGCCAGGAACCAGCAGCUGCAACACCAGGGAUACACAGGGCAAAGCUAUCUUUCCAGAGAACAUGGUAGACAGAUAGCUGCUAAUAAUGUUUCAAACACGAAUCAUCGGAAACAUGCCCAAGGAAGCAUUGACAUUUACCAUCUGUUGAAAACUCGGAAAUCAAAAGAACAAGAAGGGUUCAUCAACCUGGAAAUGUUGCCUCCUGAACUUAGCUUUACCAUUCUGUCCUACCUGAAUGCAACAGACCUCUGCCUGGCUUCAUGUGUUUGGCAGGAUCUUGCUAAUGAUGAGCUUCUGUGGCAAGGAUUGUGCAAAUCCACUUGGGGUCACUGUUCCAUAUACAAUAAGAAUCCGCCUCUUGGAUUUUCUUUUAGAAAAUUGUAUAUGCAGUUGGAUGAAGGCAGUCUCACCUUUAAUGCCAAUCCUGAAGAGGGUGUCAACUACUUCAUGUCCAAUGGAAUACUGGAUGAUUCACCAAAAGAAAUAGCUAAGUUUAUCUUCUGCACAAGAACACUAAAUUGGAAGAAACUGAGAAUCUAUCUUGAUGAAAGGCGGGAUGUUCUAGAUGACCUUGUGACACUACACAACUUCAGAAAUCAGUUCUUGCCAAAUGCACUAAGAGAGUUUUUCAAACACAUUCAUGCCCCUGAAGAGCGUGGUGAAUAUCUUGAGACACUUAUUACAAAGUUCUCACACAGAUUUUGCACGUGUAACCCUGACUUGAUGAGAGAGCUUGGCCUUAGCCCAGAUGCCGUCUACGUACUAUGCUACUCUUUGAUCCUGCUUUCCAUUGAUCUUACUAGCCCUCAUGUGAAGAAUAAAAUGUCAAAGAGAGAAUUUAUCAGAAAUACGCGUCGUGCUGCACAGAACAUUAGUGAAGAUUUUGUUGGGCACCUUUAUGACAAUAUCUACCUUAUAGGCCAUGUGGCUGCCUAAAAAGCACAAUUUGUUAGGACUUAGAAUUUAUUGUUUAAAAAAGAAAUUAGUUACCCGAGGAGUUCUCUUAUUUUGUAGAUAUGGGGGUUAUAUUAGUGCUGGUCAUUCUAACCUCUUUCUGCAAUCAAAAUGUACGCAAAUGACUUUUUUAGCAAUUUACCAUGGGAACGGAAAAGGAUUUUGCAAUUCUUUUUUAAUUUUUGCUUACGGUUUGCACAAAACAUUGCCAUUCGUCUGACACAUUAUCAUUUCUGGAUGUUAAAUUGACAUUAUGAUUUUAAACUGACAAGGUGGUGGACUUGUGCAGUAGAUUUGCUUGAAAACGUUAACCAAUUCAUUUUUUUUAAAACGCCACGUAAAGUGUACAUAUUUAACUAAAGAGAUUUAUAACCAUAAUUAUUUUAUUGUAAAAUAUUUUAACUAAAGUUUUUUUUCCUGUUUCUCUCUA